AUGGCGACAGAACAUACAGGCACACAUAAGGACCCUGUGACGGGCGAGAUGAUCUCCAAGCAGGAGCUCAAGCGGCGCGAAAAGCAAAGAGCGAAGGAGGCGAAGACUGCAGAGAAGGCUGCAGCCGCUCCCAAGCCUGCUGUGGCUCAGAAUGCAGCGGCACAGAAUGAGGAUGAGUUGAGCCCGAACCAAUACUUCGAGCUUCGUUCUCGGCACAUUCAAAAGCUGAAGGAGACCAAGUCCCCGAACCCAUACCCUCACAAGUUCGAGGUCUCGAUAUCCCUCACCAACUACAUCGAGAAGUAUGGCCAGGAAGACAAGAUCAAGCCUGGAGAGCGAUUGAAUGGCGUAGUCGAAUGCAUCGCGGGCCGCAUCCACAGUCUACGGGAGUCGAGUCGGUUCCUUAGGUUCUACAACCUGCAUGGCGAAGGCCAGAAGGUGCAGAUCAUGGCAGCCAAGCAGGAUUCCAAGGAUCCAGAGGCAUUCGUUGACGUGCAUGAAAACUUCCGCCGAGGAGACAUCGUCGGUGUGAUUGGUACCCCCGUACGCACGAAGAAGGGCGAGCUUUCCAUCGCUCCCUCAGAAAUGAUCCUCCUUGCACCCAAUCUGCACCAGCUUCCGUCCGAGCACUUCGGACUGAAGGACCAGGAAACGCGAUACCGCAAGCGCUACCUUGAUCUAGUCCUCUCGCAGGGCACGCGCAACAUCUUCAUCACACGGAGCAAAAUCAUCAACUACAUCCGACGCUUCUUCGACAAUCUCGGCUUCCUGGAGGUUGAGACGCCGAUGACGAGCAUGAUCGCGGGCGGCGCGACGGCGAAGCCGUUCGUCACGCAUCACAACGACCUCGACCUCGACCUGUACCUCCGCAUCGCUCCCGAACUCUACCUGAAGCAGCUCGUCGUCGGCGGGCUCGAUCGCGUCUACGAGAUCGGGCGCGUGUUCCGCAACGAGGGCAUCGACCUCACACAUAACCCCGAGUUCACGAUCUGCGAGUUCUAUAUGGCCUAUGCGGACAUGUACGACUUGAUGGAUCUGACGGAAAGCCUGAUCGAGGGGAUGGUAAAGUAUCUGACUGGUGGCAAGACAACGCUACAGUACCAUCCUGAAGGCAAGGACAACGAUAAGGUGUAUGAGCUUGAGUUCAAGCGGCCGUGGAAGAGAUAUGAUAUGAUAGAGACGCUCGAGGAGAAGCUCGGGGUGAAGUUCCCUCCUGGUGAGACCCUGCAUACCGAAGAGGCGAACAAGUUCCUGCGCGAUCUGUGCCAAAAGCACAAUGUAGAGUGCAGCGAGCCGCGAACGAAUACUCGACUUCUCGAUAAGCUUGUCGGCGAAUUUAUCGAACCCCUUUGCAUCUCGCCAGCCUUCAUCGUGGGCCACCCACAAGUCAUGUCGCCGCUGGCCAAGUACCACCGCUCGCGCCCCGGCCUCUGUGAGCGGUUCGAAGGUUUCAUGUGUGGCAAGGAAUUCUGCAACGCAUACACCGAGUUGAACGACCCGUUCGAGCAGCGAUUGCGCUUCGAAGAGCAGGUGCGGCAGAAGGAGGCCGGCGACGACGAGGCGCAAGGCAUCGAUGAGACCUUCGUGGAUGCCUUGGAGCAUGGUCUUCCACCAACAGGAGGAUGGGGUAUCGGUAUCGACCGCUUGGUGAUGUUCCUGACAGAUUCACAAAACAUCAAGGAGGUGCUGCUGUUCCCGGCGAUGAAGCCUAUCGAGACGCCGGCAAACAUGACCGGUGUUGUUGGUCCCUCGGGGCAGAUUUAG